GAGGAGAGGAGAGAGAGUGUGUGUGUGUGUGUUCGUGUUUGUGUUUGUUUUGUGUGUGUCCGUGUUUGUGUUUUGUGUGUGUCUGUGUUUGUUUGUAUUUUGUGUGCCUUCAUUUCACCACCUAACGGGGCUGAGUGUUUUUCUCAUCUGCGAGGAGCACUUACAGGAGAGCUUUCAAGAUGGCGAAAAAACAUGGAGCAAUUCCCCAAGACUUGGGCCAGGAGAAGCCAAGGAGCUUAUUGAAGAAGACAAAAAUCCUGCGAUUCCGAGGUCCCCCUCACUGCAUUGCACCCUCAUCAAAUAACCAGAAUGUGCAAGAGCCAGACCUUGAGGACAUGGAGGGCAGCAUUACUUCUAGGCCAAAAACAGAGGGAAAGGACACUGUGGCCUCAACCUCCGGGAGGAGUUUGUCUUUUCCCGAUCCUUUCAUCAGGAUGGACACAUUCCAUCCUGUUUCCCCUCCGAGGCAUUCGAAAGCCACCCCGGCCUGUCCUGGCCAAGCGGCUGCUGCUCCUUGGAAAAGGACAACCCAAGUCUCUUCGAUGCUGGACACAGAAUGUCCGACUUGUUCUGAGACUGGGCUCGAACCCUCCUCGGAAUCACCUCAGGAAGACUCUUCUGUUGCAGACCAAGACGUCGGCUCAUUCUGGGCCAUCAAAGUAGUCAGAAAUUCUUGGACAAAAACAUGCAAAGUGGCCCCAGCUCUUCUGACUGAAUGUCAGCCAUCACCCGAAGUUCUCUCCAACCCUGCCUUAGACUGGGCACGAGGAGAAGGUCCUCCAGAAGCCAGUCCGGCCUAUGUCAUCGAUGGGGUCGGUGCUCCCAGAGCGAAGAUUCACAAAGCGUCCCUGGAUCUUCCUACGGAGUGCCAAACAUCCCCCCGAGUUCUUUCCAAACCCUCCUGCAGUUGGGCCCAAGCAGAAAGUCCUCGAUCCGAAGAGGCCAGCCUAGCCCGUGCCCUCGACAGGUUCAAUGCUUCUCAGAGGAUGAUAACCAAAGCAUCCCUGGAUCAUCCGACUGCAUGCGAGGCAUCCCGCAGAGUUCUCUCCAAAUCCUCUCUCCAUUGGACAGAGGGAACAAGUCCUCGCCCUCAACAAGCCAGCCCAGUCUGCUCCAUGAAAGCUCCUCGCAAGGGGACCAAGCAAAUAUACCCGGCACUUGCCACUGAGUUGCAGACAUCCCCCAGAGCUCUCGCUGAACUUUCCUUCGGUUGGACAAAGGGAAAAGAUCCUUCAGCCGAAGAAGCCCAGCCUGCCUACACCACAGAAGUCGUGAUUGCUCUUCAAGAGGAGUCCCCUGAGCCGAAGACACCCCCCAGAGCUCCUCCACCGCAAGAAGCUAGCCCCACCUGUGGCAUGCAAGAACUGAGAGCCCCUGCGGAGACCACCAAUUUAUGCCCGGCUCUUCCCACCCAGUCCCACACCACUCCCCGAGUCCUCUCUGAACCCCCCUUCACCCAAGGAGAAGGUGGUCCACCCGAAGAAGCUGCCCCAGCAUGUAACCGUCUCGGGAAGAGGUCUGACAAGUUCCUGCCACCCUUGACCUUCAACUCAACCCCUUCUCCAACAACAGACCCCGAGCAUUCCUCCCAAAGGUCCAACGAAAAUGGUGGGAGACACCAAGGCCUAUUUUGGCGCUUUUUAAGAAGGUUUUCGUGCUUUCCCAACUUCCCCCACAAUUGAAACAAAUUUGUCAUUGAGGGACUUUAACAUCAAAGACUCAGAAUAUCACAGGGGAUCCCUUAUACACCACCCAAAGGGCUGGGGACAAAGUCAUCAGGCUGGGGAUGAAGCUCUCUCCUAUGGCACCACUUGCAAACUUCAAUCCACAGAAAUAACAAGUGGGGACCCUCGGCCAAGCUGGGAGUGGCUGGAGCCUCAGCAGGCACCACAGACACUUUCAUCUCCUAGACUCUCUCUUCAAGUUGAGGUGUGAGUCCUGGAGGCCUGAAUGAAGCUAGGCUGACUAAGAUGGCAGCCAGGUCCUAAGAAGCUGAGGAUGUGGCCCUGGCCAGGAUCCAGCUCCUGCUGGGUGCAGAGACAAUGGAUCCCGGACGCUGCUGGCUGCUGCUACUCCCACGGGAGAGGACCUCUUACUUUCCCAUUCCUGGUCAGAGGGCAAAGUGACAUGGAAGCUUUAGGAACAUUCUCUCUACACACACCUGCAAAGAACCAUUGGAAUAGAUGAUCAGAACAGGGAAGACAAGACUUCAUCCUCAGAAGAGGACACUUAAGUAAAAAAAAAAAAAAAAGCUUUUCCCCACCAAGAUUAAUGUGCAAUGCCUGCACAACUAAAGAAAAUAUGGAGAACUCAAAAAUGAAUUGAAAAAUCAAACCAAAUGGAGAACAAAGUAACCAAAAACACCCUUCCAAGAAAAACUAAAAGCAUUAAAAAAAAAAAAAGAAAGAAAACCCACUUGCAAAGGAGGAAAGGAAUCUCAAGAUGAACAAGUCUUUGCAAAAUGAGAAUUGGCAAUGGGAAACCAUAGAAGUGAAGAACAAGCAGAAAUUACAGUAGAGAUUGUAAAUAUUGAAAACAAAUUGAACCAUGUGAAACCAAACUUAAAAGACAGAACUGAAGAAUAGAUUAGGACCAGAAAAUUGAAGAAAUGGACAACCUGAAAAUGUUGACCAUAAAGAGAACCUGAACACAAAUAAUGCAAGAAAUAAUUUGGCAAAUUGGAAUGAUAGGGCAUGAGGGGAAAAGGUCCAAAGAGGUCAAAAAAUCCCCCAGUACCAUCUCACCCAAAUCCAGUGGUCCAAAUACAUCAGAAUAUUGGUGUUCAAUUUAGAAACUCAUAGAUCAAAGGGAAAAUUUUUGAAGAAACAAACCAAAAAAUAUUCAUUUAAGUGGGAACUAGAAUUGCAAUUGAACAAGACACAUCAGCAGCCUCAGUAAAUGACUGGAAAGAUAUCUGGUGAGUGCCGAUUCUGAGAGGGGAGGGUGGAGAGAGGGCGAGUGGAAAGGAGAAAAAGGGAUCAGGCAGCAUGGAGCAACUCCCUAAGUUAGGGAGGGAAGGAAGACAGAGGAAAAGAACAGAAGGGGAGG